AUGGCGCUCUUGAAUAGGCGAUUGGGUUUAUCUUUAAUGCAGCUAAGCAGUAUGGUGUGGCAGCGACAUUUCAGUCUCACUGGAGCAUGCCGAGCAAUACAGAAACUCACCCGCGUGCGAGUGGUGGACAACAGCACCUUAGGGAACACGCCGUACCACCGGCCACCAAAGUGUAUUCACGUAUAUAACAAGACCGGAGUCGGCAAAGUAGGAGAUAAGAUCCUUCUGGCUAUCAAAGGAGAAAAGAAGAAGGCUUUAAUUGUAGGGCACAAGAUGCCUGGCCCCACCAUGACGCCUAGAUUUGAUUCCAACAAUGUGGUACUCAUAGAAGACAACGGAAAUCCAGUGGGGACUAGAAUAAAAACACCAAUACCCUGUAUCUUGCGGCAGAGAGAAGGAGAAUUCUCCAAAGUAUUGGCCAUUGCCCAUAACUUUGUAUGAAAGCCGGGAAAGGUCUCUGGCAAUCGUGUUCGUAUCCUUUCAGACAGUAGCUGUUCUUCGGUACUUUUCUAGAAAAUGGUGAAAUGUCAGA